UAUCCAUGUGUAAAGAGAUUAUGUUUUUAGUUCUCUCGAUGCCAUCAAUAAUUGUGUUGAGUAGAAAGACAUUUCUUAUAUUAUUUAUAAAAUACACUUUUUGUAAAGAUAACUGUUAGUCAGGUUAAAGUACUUUGCGUUUUCUUGUAUGAACUUUAAUUCUUAUCUGGACUUCCUUGAGUUUUCUUCAAUUUAUUUGCAGUAAUGUUAAAUGGGAUUAAGUAAAUAUUUUCUGAUUCAGUUAAAUAGACAUAAAUUAUCACCUAGGAAUAAUCUUGCUUUUUACAUGCUUUGGUUUCUUACUUCAAACUUGUGGAACUUAUCUCUCUCACCUUAUGAUUUAACGAUUGUUAUCAUAAGCUUCUAUGAUUAAUCGAUGGUCGUAGAUAACAGUCACCAUGAUGACACUGAUUUAAUUUCAGUCUAUACAAAUUUUCAUCAAUAGACAGUAUAGAUUUAGCGACCCUCUUUAAAUAUUGAAUUUUAGUUCUUCGGUUUUUAAGAACUCUGAUGUCAGUUAUUUCAUAUGACAAAAUAGCAGAUAUGCAGUGAAAACAUGGAUGGAAAAGUGCAUGCAAAGACGGCCAAGAAUCCAAGAGCAAACGCAAAUAUUUUCAGCGUUUUAACAUUUUCAUGGAUUAUCCGUACGUUUUGGGUGGGUUAUCGGAGAGAUUUGGAAGUAACUGACUUGUAUGCCCCACUUAAAGAACAUAAGAGCAGUAUUCUUGGAGAUAAAAUAUCCGCAGUUUGGGAGAAUGAAUACCAACGCUUAAAUGGGUUACAAAAGCAGAAAAAAAAAGAUAAGACCGGAAACAAGGAUGAAAGCAAAUCGGAGAUAUUGGAGCCCAGUUUGAUGCGUGUUUUAAUCAGAUGUUUCGGCGCACGCAUCAUGAUGUAUGGCAUUGCCUUAGCCAUAAUGGAAAUCGUUCUCAGAUUGUUUCAACCAUUGUUCCUUACUCUUCUACUCCAAUAUUAUGGUCAGAGAAAGUCCUCUUAUACACCGAUUUAUAAAGAACAAAAUAGUCCUGGACAGCAAAUGGAAUAUACCACCAGAUCGGUAACACAGCCAUUGUUUCUGGGUCGCUUACUGCGAUUCUACAAUUCAGAAAAAAUAUCUCCAUUAGAAGCAUACUUGUACGCCGCAGGAGUGAUCAUGUGUUCAGCCGUAAACAUAUUUGUAAUUCAUCCGUACAUGAUGGCGAUUCUUCAUAUGGGAAUGAAGAUGCGGAUCGCCUGUUGCACUUUGAUCUAUAGAAAAGCUCUAAGGUUGUCGAAAACGGCCUUGGGUGAAACAAUGGUAGGACAAGCAGUUAAUCUCUUGUCUAACGACGUGAACAGAUUUGACGUGGCCAUUAUAUUUCUGCAUUAUUUGUGGAUCGGUCCACUAGAAACUGCUGUUAUGACGUAUUUCCUGUACAAUAUAGUUGGUAUUUCUGGUGUAAUUGGCGUAUUAUCUUUGCUCAUGUUUAUACCCCUACAAGGAUUUCUUGGUAAAAAAUCGUCAGUAUUACGCUUGCGAACGGCCAUUAGAACCGACGAGAGAGUGCGUCUGACGAAUGAAAUUAUUAGCGGUAUUCAAGCAAUCAAAAUGUACACAUGGGAAAAGCCAUUCAGUCUUCUUGUUGAAUAUGCACGAAAGCGUGAAAUCAAGGUUAUAAGAUCUACAUCGUAUAUCAGAGGUGUGAUUAUGUCCUUUAUUAUAUUUACAACAAGAUUUUCCCUCUUCAUAACUAUACUUGCUUACGUUCUUUUUGAUAAUCGUAUCACUGCUGAAAAAGUUUUCAUGUUGACAGCAUAUUAUAAUAUUUUGCGUCAAACGAUGACCGUAUAUUUUCCGCAAGGCAUAACUCAAAUAGCAGAGGCUAUUGUAUCUAUCAAACGAUUGCAAAAAUUCAUGAUGUACGAAGAAAGAGUAGUACCAGAAGACGUAGAUACGAGAGCGACAAACAAUAAAAAUGAAAAAAUGAGCAGCAGUGAGUCCGAGAGGACAUCGAAAGCAGCCAGUUCGAUAAUAAUGCAAAAUGGCUGUGCAAAAUGGUUGACUACGGAAAACGAAAAUACUUUGAAAAAUAUUAGCCUAAAUAUUACUCCAGGGCAAUUAGUAGCUAUUGUCGGCCAAGUUGGUUGUGGAAAGUCAAGCUUAUUGCAUGUAAUUUUGCGAGAGUUACCUUUACUGUCUGGAUCUUUACAGGUCAAUGGCAACAUUGCGUACGCCAGUCAGGAACCAUGGUUAUUUGCUGGUUCAGUUCAACAGAACAUUUUAUUUGGUCGAAAAAUGGAUCAGCAUCGAUAUGACCAGGUUGUUAAAGUCUGUCAGUUAAAGAGAGACUUUUGUCUUUUGCCUUAUGGCGAUCGAACUGUUGUUGGAGAACGUGGGAUUAGUCUUUCCGGUGGACAACGUGCUAGAAUCAACUUGGCGAGAGCAAUUUAUGCUGAAGCAUCCAUCUAUCUUUUGGACGAUCCCCUUAGUGCUGUUGAUGCUCAUGUUGGAAAGCAUAUGUUUGAUCAAUGUAUUGAUGAACACUUGCAAGGUAAAACGAGACUUUUAGUCACCCACCAAUUGCAAUAUCUUCGGGACGUGGAUAAAAUUAUUGUUCUAAAGGAUGGAUCUAUAUUAGCUGAAGGUACUUAUGAUGAGCUGGGUGCCAAAGGCGUUGAUUUUGGUCGCUUGUUAGAAUCCCAAAGUGAAUCCGAUGAUCAGUCAUCUUCAGCUCCUGCCAGCCGACGUAGUUCACGACACACAAGUAUUACUUCUCUCACUUCGGUGAAAACUAAUGAUACCAGCAAGAAACCAGAAAAUCCGGAAGAGGAAUCUGAAAUGCGCAGCUCAGGUAGUGUCGCUAGCUGGAUAUAUGCUGCUUACUUACGUGCUAGUGGUCGUUUUUACACUGUGUUCUUAAUAAUGGGGUUGUGCAUCAUAACGCAAUUGGCUGCCAGUGGUGGAGAUUACUUUAUAGCUAUGUGGGUCAACAUAGAAGAGAGUUCUGGGGACACUUGGAACAGUUGGUUGUCUCGCAAUGCUUGUAUCUAUAUCUACAGUGCAUUGACAAUUUUCACUAUCGUCAUUACCCUCAUUCGGUCAAUUUCUUUUUUCGCAAUGUGUAUGCGAUCAUCCAGGCAGCUGCAUAACCGCAUGUUCCGUUCCGUUACACGGGCAACAAUGCGAUUCUUUAAUGUGAACAGUUCUGGCCGUAUACUUAACCGAUUUUCAAAGGAUCUGGGCGCGGUAGAUGAGCUGCUGCCGAACGCUAUGAUCGAUUCCGUUCAAAUUGGUCUGGGUCUUCUCGGAAUCAUAGUGGUAGUCACCAUAGCAAAUGUUUGGCUGUUGAUACCGACGGUGGUAAUCGGCAUUAUCUUCUACUUCCUGCGUGUCAUCUACCUGUCAACAAGUCGCAGCGUGAAACGCCUCGAAGGAAUCAAAUUAGUGACUAAUGAUAAACGGUCACCAGCCCGGUCUCCGGUGUUUGGUCACCUGAAUGCAACUAUACAGGGAUUGACGACGAUCCGGGCAUUUGGAGCCAGUGAGAUCCUCAUCAAGGAAUUCGAUAAUUAUCAGGAUUUGCACUCGUCGGCUUGGUACAUAUUCAUUGCCUCCUCCCGUGCUUUUGGAUUUUGGCUGGAUGUGUUCUGCGUCAUAUAUAUAGCGCUGGUCACGCUCAGCUUUUUCCUGUUACCAUCUUCUGAUAGCAUUACGGCUAGCAACGUUGGAUUGGCAAUUACGCAAAGUAUUGGUCUCACAGGGAUGUUUCAAUGGGGAAUGAGGCAAAGCGCCGAGUUGGAGAAUCAAAUGACAUCCGUUGAACGUAUAUUGGAGUACAGUAAUAUAGAAUCCGAGCCAUCUUUGGAAAGUGCAGCCGAGAAGAAGCCAAAGGAUGAUUGGCCAAGCCAAGGUCAGAUCGAGUUUAGUGACGUAUAUAUGCGCUAUUCUUCGCUCGAUCCGCCGGUGCUAAAGAACCUCAAUUUCGUGAUAAAGCCGCGAGAAAAAGUGGGCAUCGUUGGAAGAACGGGGGCCGGCAAAUCAUCCCUUAUCUCAGCUUUGUUCCGUUUGGCUGAUAUCAAAGGUUCCAUUAAGUUAGAUGAUGUGGACACUAGCGAAAUUGGUUUGCACGAUUUUCGAUCGAAGCUCAGCAUUAUUCCUCAGGAACCUUUCCUCUUCUCUGGUACUUUGCGACGUAAUCUCGAUCCUUUCAACACUUAUGAUGACGUUGUUCUGUGGCAAGCUCUCGAAGAAGUUGAACUCAAGGAAAUGGGAUUGGAUGCUCACGUAAACGAAGGUGGAUCUAAUUUGAGCGUCGGCCAACGACAGUUGGUUUGUCUAGCAAGAGCAAUAGUACGUAACAAUCCGAUACUCGUUCUCGACGAAGCUACUGCUAAUGUUGAUCUACGUACGGAUGAACUUAUACAGCUAACUAUUCGUCGCAAAUUUGAGUCUUGCACAGUAUUAACAAUUGCACAUCGCCUGAAUACUGUUAUGGACAGCGAUAGAAUUAUGGUCAUGGAUGCUGGAAAUGUUGCGGAAUUCGACCAUCCUUACGUUCUUCUACAGAAAAAUGAAGGUCUUUUUCUGAACAUGGUGAAACAGACAGGGAGCAGAAUGGCUGAUUCUUUGAUUGCGGUGGCUCGAGAAAGCUUCUCUCGUACUACUACAUUAUAAAUCGGUAUUAAAACCCUCGUAAAAUGGUAUUAUUUUUACUGCUGCAUGCGUACGAGUUGACAAACUUCUAAGUAACUGGCUAUAUUCCACUAGCAGACAGUACUCGGACAUUUCACUAAUUCAAUUUAUUGUUUUAUCUAUAAUCAUUCAGUUAAUCAGACUUCUUCGAAUGAUUGAAUAUGAAGUAUCGCAGAAUACCAUUGAAACACAUUUAUAUAUGUAUGCGUACGCAUAUACAUAGGGGACAGAUAAAUAUAGAUGCGCAUUAAAACAGUUCGAGGCUUGUCCCGAAUCACGCAAAUGAAUUCUGUACAGUAUUACGUAUUGUAAAAUAUCUCUGAUUCAUAAUCAUGGCAUUAGUUAGUCCUUUUCGUAUGCUGCGUUUCAAUCAAUUAAUAUUCGACAGAACUUGGAGCUUAUCCUCCCCGUUUUACAUCUAUUUUUCAUGGUUUAUUAAUGCUGAAAUUAUGACAACAACGGAUUUAAGAUGUUCUUAAACAUAUUAAACUUAAGGUAUAGUGCAAUAUAAUGACAAAAAUAUUUUUGUACUUGUAUUUCUUAGUCUGAAAGUGAUAUGCAAGCCUGCCUUUAUUGAUUCUAUUCGUACUUAUUGUUAGCACGAGUGUUUACCGUUAUUGGUACUAUUCGUUUCUAUACAUGUUUAGUGCCUGAAAUGUCCAAGGUGCUUCGAUAAUAUGUUCUGGCGAGAUACGACGUGUAACUUUUUGAUGAAUUUUUUUAAAAGAUAAAGGUGAUUCUAUAAAACUUCUAAGAUUAUAUUUCAGAUAAAUGUAUUCAAAAAAGCAUGUCUACUAUGUACGCAGUUUCCACGUGCAUCUUGUGCCACGUAGUCUUACUAAACUUGCUUUUAAGAAGAGGCUCAAUCUAAUUUUAUAUUUGGUAAUUCAUUUUCAAUGUCAUAUCUCGUCCUACGUAAUCAAAUUGAGAUCAGAUUUAGAAAAAUUAAAUAAUGUUGUAUUUCCUACAGUUAUGUUUGAUGUAAAUAAAAGUGCCUAUACCCUGAAA